AUGAGAUUUAUCCCAGAAUGCAAUAGCAGUGCGCUGUGCGCAGCCGCAGUGGCGAAGGCGACACUUGGAGCACUCAUUCCGUCUCGGCUUUUUCCUUACAUUUUUUUAUUAUUCUCCCUGAUACUCUCUUUCUGUCACUCUCGUCGCACGUAUCCACCCGCUCUCUAUUUACCACUACAUUUUUUCGCAUCUUUUCUCGUUUUCCUUACUUCAAAACAAUUUAUUUAUUAUACCCUUUCUUUUUUCCUACUCUCUUUUCUUCUGCUUUCCACAACAAUAAUAUUCAAUCCUUCCGUACUUUAUAAAGGCAAUCUUAUUUCUGUUUUUUACGGGAAUCUCACCUUACUCACUCCGUCUUUUGUGCGCUAUCUCUCUCCCCUCCUCUAUAUCUCUUUUUUUCUCUCUCUCUCCUCUCCCUCUAUCUCUUUUUCUCUCUCUCUUUAUCUCUCUUCAAGAAAGUGUUUGUUAAAAGCUAUCGGACUGACGCACAUAGGCAGUGAGCGAGUAAACGCGUCGGGCAACGAACGAGAAGACUAA